CGGCUGCACCCAAAACGGGCCGAGGAAGACGUGUAGUUUAGACCCAACGAGGCGUAGACUUUCAGAUUACCAGUUCAAUCUGGCAAUUUCUACUUUAUGGUCCUUAAACUUGACUUUCACUCCUAACGCCUUUAGUUUUCAAUUCAUUCCUACCAAACCACUCAAGUGCAUCAACUUUAAUUCCCUCUGAACAAUACACUCUCACCAAGCUCUCUUCCUCCUCAAUGGUUGCGGAGGAUUAAGCACCCGAGAAGGCUGAGAAAUCCAAACUGAUUAAACAAAAAUAUGGCCUCAGCUCCCCCACUCCCAAUCCAGAGGCAUCCGAAAAUGGAAGGUGGGCCCACUUCAACUGUGUCGCCGCCGUACUCCACCAAUCCGAAGAAGAGGUGGUCCAAUUGGUUGCCGUUGUUCGUAGCCCUAGUGGUGGUAGCUGAGAUCGGUUUUCUGGGCCGACUCGACAUGGCGAAGAAUGUUGACCUGGUCAACUCGUGGGCUGACUCCUUCUACCAGUUCACCUUCACCGCCUCGUCGAUGUCCACCGUCCCCGCCGCCGCUGACGGUUUUACUGCUCGCGGCGGCGAUGAGGCCUGGAUCACUGCGGAGCGGGAUCCGCGGCCCGGAUUGGAGAGCUGCGAAGAGUGGUUGGAGAAGGAGGACACCGUGGCUUAUUCGAGAGAUUUUGAAAAAUACCCAAUUUUCGUACACGGUGGCGAACAGGAAUGGAAAUUCUGUGCUGUGGGGUGUACAUUUGGAGCUCAAGCUGACAGGACGCCUGAUGCUGCAUUUGGAAUGCCUCAAUCAGCUGGCACAGCUAGUAUACUUCGGUCGAUGGAGUCUGCAGAAUACUACGCUGAGAACAACAUUGCUAUGGCAAGACGGAGGGGAUACGACAUUGUAAUGACUACAAGUCUUUCUUCAGAUGUUCCUGUUGGAUAUUUCUCAUGGGCUGAGUAUGACAUUAUGGCACCAGUCCAACCUAAGACACAGAAGGCUCUGGCUGCUGCAUUCAUUUCUAACUGCGGUGCUCGCAAUUUUCGGUUGCAAGCUCUUGAAGCACUUGAAAAAGAAAGCAUCAGCAUUGAUUCUUAUGGCAGUUGUCAUCGAAAUAAGGAUGGCAGAGUGGACAAAGUAGAUACUCUGAGGCAGUACAAAUUCAGCUUGGCUUUUGAAAAUUCCAAUGAGGAGGAUUAUGUUACUGAAAAGUUCUUCCAAUCUCUUGUAGCUGGUUCUAUUCCUGUUGUGGUUGGUGCUCCAAAUAUCCAAGAAUAUGCUCCUUGUCCUGGUUCACUCUUACACAUAAAAAACAUUGAAGAUGUUGAGUCGGUUGCCAAGACAAUGAAGCACCUUGCUGAAAAUCCGAGUGCAUACAAUCAGUCUUUAAGGUGGAAGUUUGAAGGUCCAUCUGAUUCUUUCAAAGCCCUAGUUGACAUGGCAGCAGUUCAUUCAUCUUGUCGUUUGUGCAUUCACUUGGCAACAAAGAUCCAAGAGAAAGAAGAGAACAGUACAAACUUUGCAAAACGUCCCUGCAAAUGUACAAGAGGUUCAGAAACUGUUUAUCAUGUAUAUGUACGUGAAAGAGGGAGGUUUAAGAUGGAGUCGAUUUUCUUAAGGUCAACUAAUUUAACAAUGGAGGCGUUCAAAUCGGCAGUGUUACAGAAGUUCGAGUCUCAAAACCACGUUCCCAUUUGGAAAGAAGAAAGACCCCCAGUUCUGCGAGGAGGCGAUGAGCUCAAAGUUUACCUCAUAUAUCCUCUUGGCUUGACUCAGAGACAGGCGCUUUAUUCUUUCAGGUUUAAUGGGGAUAGUGAGUUUAGGAAGCAUAUAGAAAGCAACGCAUGUGCAAAGUUUGAAGUCAUAUUUGUAUAAGAUCAGCUUAAAAUUUUCGUGUUCUGUGACACAGUUAACUUUAGCCUUUAGAAGUGUAGGCUGUAGAUUUUGUAAACGUGAUCUUGACAUCUUUUUAUACACCCUUUUGUUGUAAGGUUACUCUACAUGGAAUCCAUUGUUUCUGACAUGAUUUUCA